AUGUGCCAGCCUAAGUUUCUUCCGGAGCCGGAGGCCCCUACCGUGGGCUAUGGAAGCAGGGUCCGGCUUCCAACGGGCAACCGCUCGCGAACCAUUUCCCUGCAGGAGCUCAUGGAGCAUUUUCACCUUCCGAUAAACGAAGCUGCUUGCAAGUUGGGCGUUUGUGUCACCGUGUUGAAGCAGCAAUGUCGUGAACACGGAAUUCAGAGGUGGCCUUUUCGGAAGGUUCGCAAGCUAGACAACAUGCUUCACGCUUUAGAAAAUUCCACACCUCCCGAGCGUCUGCGGCCAUUCGCGCUUACGAACGGUGAAGAAGAGAGUUUCUCCCCUGCUUUUGACCACAUGACUAGCCAGUGGUCUUUAUCCCUUUCUAAUAAAUAUGAAGGAUCGACGGCAUCGGCGGGCGAUGGCAGGUUCGUCCCAAAUCCGUUCCAGUACAAUGCGCGGGUGGCGUCGGCGCUGGUACCGUGCGUGCUGGUGCUGCUGGGCGCGGGAGGGCCCGUGGUGGUUGGCACGCUGGUGGCGGGGCUCAUGCUCUCGUACGUGCUCGACGCGCUGCAGCUCAAAACCGCCGCGUUCGUCGCAAUCUGGACGGCAUUCUUCUCCACCGCCGCCGCCAUCGCGUUCUCGGGGGUCGGCUUCGCGCCACACGUGCCCGUGCCACUGUCGCUGCUGGUGCUGCUGUCGUCCGUGAACCUCGUGUUCCUGUGCGGCGUGUGGGUGUCGCUGCAGUUCCGAUGGCUGCAUCUCGAGCACCCCUUCGUCGUCCUCACACUCGAACGACUGCUCUUCGCCUGCACGCCCCUCACCGCCGUCGCCAUCGUCACCUGGGGGCUAGUCGCCUCCGUGGGGAUCGUCUACGCGCCGUAUUACCUCGUGCCCGUGCUGUUCGCGCUCUUCUGGCUCUUCUCCCUCCCCGCUCCCUCCUCCUUCCGCGCCGCGAAGCACCAUCCGCGGCUCCGUGCGAAGGAAUCUGACGACGUGUUCAUUCUCGGGUCGCUGGAGAGCGCGAUUCACGCGGCCGUACUGCUGUUCCUGCCAUUGAGCUUCCACAUGGCGGUGCAUCGCAACCGUUGGAUGGAGUCAGCGGGUGAUAUCUGCGAUGAUCUGCUGCUCUUCUUCCUGCCCGUGCUCUUCCUGCUCGUCGCGUCCACCCGAGGCGCGCUGCACUGGCUCGUCCGCGACCACUCCAAGCUGCAACACGUGCGUGUGGUGAACGGGGCAUUCGCACUGGCAGUGGUGCUGGUGUGCGGGGAGGUGCGGGUCAUCUUCCCGUCCUUCGCGCACUACAUCCACUUCCCGCCGCCCCUCAACUACAUCCUCGUCACGCUCGCCCUCUUUGGUCUCACCUUUGGCUUUGCUGCACACAUGCUGGGGCUCAUUACAGGGCUUGUGGGCACGUCCGUGCUCAUGACUGUGCUGCUCGUCUCCUCAGUUGCUGCAUCCCUCGUGCUUGGCAUGCCCCUCACUAUGCUCCCAGCGCCCGCCAUAGCAGCAGUGUACCUGGCACACUUCCACUCCUCCCGUUCCCUGACCUCCUACCUCAUAUUCGCAGCAGCAGCAGCCAUCGCUGCCACCUGGUUCGUGCUCGACCACUUCUUCUUCCUCGCCCUCUCCGUCGCGGGCGUGCCGCUGCGCUCCAUCUGCCAGGGGAUGCUCGCUGCGCUGCUGCUCGCACUGCUCGUGCCCGCCGCCACGCUGCUGCAUCGGCCGCAGAGGGUGACUGGGGUGCUGGUGGUGCUGCAGGCGCUGCUGUUCGCAUGCGCUGGGAGGUCUGCUGCGCUGCUGCAUUGCCUGCAGCGGGUUGCUGGGUGGGGUGCUGGUGGUGCUACAGGCGCUGCUGAUCGCAUGAGCCUGCUAUACAACGGGGACGGGCGGGCGGAGGAGGGCGUGUAUCCGAGCUUCCUGGUGGUAACCACCACGGUGGCAGGGCUGGCAGCGGUGCAGCGGUUACACGCGGAGCACAAGAUAGGGGCGGUGGCGGAGUGGGUGGGGUCGUGUGUGUACCUGGCCAAGCUGCCCAUGCUCGCUGUGUCAUCCCCUGGCGCCACACUCUCCUCCCUGCUGCUUCUGCUUGCUGUCACCCCGCCCUUCUUCCUCUACCGGGACAAGGCCCAUGCGCGCUCGCGCAUGCGCCCGGGAAUGGCGGUGGUGCAUGCAGCAGCGGCAGUGGCAGCAGUGGUGCAUGCGCGCUUCAUGCUAUUCGACAUCGCCGUGUCCCUCACGGGCCACCGCCCCUCCCACGCUCUGCUCAUUGGCGCUCUGCUGCUCGCUGCCAUUGCUGCGUGCCUGCCCAUCCUCCUCCUCCACUUUCCCCACUCCAUGGUGAGUAGUGAACGCAUGUCACACGCCUCUCUCCGCAUGGUACAUACCGCUCUGUGCCUAUUCAGCAUUCACCUGCACACCACCCUCAAUCGCCCACACACUUCUUCUUUCCUUCCCGUGCCACUCCAUCCGUUGCUUGACACCACAUUCUCAACCCAGAUUACAUGCACCGUCUCUCAUCCCUCCCAUCCGCCCCCUUUUCCUGGAUUCAUCCAUCGCCUUCACUCUCUCCUACUCACAACACCCUCUUUCCCUUUCACCCCCUUCCCCAUCCCCACCCCUCCCUCACACCUCUCCCCCCACUUCUCCCAGCCUGCAAGGCGAGCAGCAGCACUAGCAGCAGCGGGGGCAGCGCUCUUCAUGUGCCUGCAGCCGCCCCUCCCCCCGGCAUGGCGCACGCUGUGGGACUCGGCGCACUUCCCCGAUGAGGACGACCCCAACGACUCCACCAUCUACGCCCUCCCCACACACGGCCCCCUAUGGCUCUAUCUGCACGAUAACCUCUCACUUGCAUUCCCUUUCCCCCUCACCCCUCUCCCCUCUCCCCCGGCCCCCUCCCCCGCCUCCCCCCCUCAGUCUGCAAGGCGAGCAGCAGCGCUGGCAGCAGCGGGAGCAGCGCUCUUCAUGUGCGUGCAACCCCCACUCCCCCCCGCAUGGCGCGCUCUCUGGGACUCGGCACACUUCCCCGACGAGGAUGACCCCGACGAUUCGACCAUCUACGCCCUCCCCACGCACGGCCCCCUCUGGCCCGCCUGGCUGCUCCUCUCCCUCAUCCUCUCCGGUCUAGCUGCUUUCCUCCGCGCGAUCCCCAUAGGGGAGGUGGAGGCGGUGCAGGUGGGGUACGCAGUAGGCAUGGGUGUGGCUACUGGUGUGUAUCUGCAGGCAGAGUUCUUCCUCUUCCUGCCGCUGCUACCGCGAGCUCUCCUCUUCCUGGCGGCCAUAGCAGGGGCGCUGUUUCUCAUGCUGGCUCAUCGGCCGCCCUCGUGGAUCGCACCCCACUCGCCGCUGCUGCCGGGGCUGUUUGCGGUGCAGGCGGCGCUGCUGCCGCUCACGUACCUGGCUGUGGGGAGGGCGGCAGUGGUGGAGGUGCAGGGGGAGGGGGAGGCGGGCCAGGAGUAUGACUUGUAUGAUGACACGCGGCGACAGGUGAGGGGUUCGUGA